CGCUGCGUAGCCAGUGCCAAGAUGUUGCAGGCUGCUUGCCGGGUGGAAACGAAUAUGUAUGAUCCACUGUCGAUAGUACAGAAAUGACGGCGCAAGUUGCAAGUAAUAACUAUGCAGAUUGCCGUAUAGAAAUAGGUGCCCGAAUGGAGAUUGUCAUUUUCAUCGAGACUUCUGUUGUCAUAAAGAAACUACUGAGAAUUCUAUUCUAUCUGAAAGCAAGUGAAACUAGGCGCACUCUACUGCAAUUCUAUUCUAUCUGAAAAACAAGAAGAGAAAUGGCGACUCCCCGUGAGCAUAUUGAAGAGAUAAGAAGAAACAAAUUUUCCAUAGGUGGAGAGGAAAACCCACUUACAGAAGAUCUUCAUCAUGCUGCUAGAAAUCUCUCAGCAGAACUCUACACCAAGGAUGUCCAUUUUCUCAUGGAGCUCAUACAGAAUGCAGAAGACAAUGAGUAUGAACCUGGUGUUGAGCCAUCACUGGAAUUUGUGGUUACGAGCAGAGAUGUGACUGGUGUGGGUGCCUCUGCUACUCUGUUGGUGUUUAACAAUGAGAAGGGCUUCACUCCCCGAAACAUCGAAUCCCUCUGCAGUGUCGGACGAUCCACCAAGAAGGGUAAAAGACAGGGAGGUUACAUUGGAGAGAAAGGGAUUGGGUUCAAGAGUGUUUUCUUGGUCACAAACCAGCCGUAUAUUUUCAGCAACGGGUAUAAAAUUCGAUUCAAUGAAAUCCCUCCAUCUGAUUCUGGGGUCAAAAUUGGGUAUAUAGUUCCAGAGUGGAUCGACAAACCAAAUAUUGAAGAUCUCAAAAGGAUAUAUAGUAGCAAUAGCCAAAGCCAGGGUGAGUUCCCUAGUACUGUUAUAGUUCUCCCUUUACGCCCAGAGAAGGUGGAAGGAGUGAAGGACCAGCUUGCUAACAUUCAUCCAGAAGUCAUUCUGUUUAUGUCCAAAAUUAAAAGACUCUCCGUUCGUGAAGAUGGCCAAAAUCAGAAUCCCCGGGUGAAUGCAGUCUCUGUGUCCCAGGAAAUAGCAUUUCAGAAUGUGAAGAAAGAGGGAAGUGAAUCAUUUAUUCUCCAUCUAUCGGCAGAGGAAAAUGGGGAACCGAAUGGAGAAUGCAGUUAUUACAUGUGGAGGCAGCGAUUUCCAGUGAAAACGAACAAUCGGGUAGAGGAGAGAAAGGACAUUGACAAUUGGGUGAUAACACUUGCUUUUCCCCGGGAAGAUCGAGUUACCAGAGGCAACAGGGUAGGUGCUGAUAUUUAUGCCUUUCUUCCCACUGAAAUAGUCACUGGAUUGCCAUUCAUAAUUCAAGCAGAUUUUUUGUUGCCGUCCUCAAGAGAAAGCAUUCUUUGGGACAACAAGUGGAAUCAAGGGAUUCUAGACUGUAUUCCCUCAGCAUUUUGUGAAGCUUUUCUCUCUCUCUUGAAUAGUGUGACAGGUGCUCCUCCUUCUGCGAGGUCAUAUUGUUUCAGGUACCUCCCCAUUAGUAUACCUUCUUAUCUGCAGCUAAGAAGAAUUCGGGAAGACAUCCAAGCCAAGCUCAAGACAGAAGAAGUCAUCUUAUGUGAACCUGGAAAUGCCUAUUGCACGCCCAUUCGAGCUCGCAAAAUAGUUGCAGGAUUCAGAAAAAUAUUAGAAGCAGCAACCGGAGAAGGCCUGGAAAAGCCCAGUGCCCUGUGGUCUACUGGAGUAUUCAUAAUACACUCGUGCCUUGACGACAACUCGAGUUCUCUGGAAUUCUUGGGAGUGGGCUCUGUGCCCGAUGACUGGUACUCCACAUGUAUUCGAAGUACCCCUGGUUGGCUUGCCAAUCUCUCUCAAGAUUUAUAUGUGCAACUCCUUUGCUUUUUUGUUGAACAUUGGAACAGUGAAAUUCCAAGCUCUCUCCAACAAUUACCUAUUUUUAAGUAUGGCAAUUCCUCCUAUGGUGUAGGGUGGGCAAGUUUGUUGGAUAUGUCUUCUAAGGGAAGCAAAAUAUACUUUUCCUCGGAAGAAAGAGAGAUUGCAUGGUUGGCAAGGUGGAAUAAAGAGCUGGGAAAUGCUGCACAUUACAAAUUCAUGCCAAAUGCAACGCAGGUGGCCAUGAAGAAUUUGAGCCCUUAUGAACGGUCAAGAUUGCAGGAAUGGCUAGAUCGAUGUGCUAAGAUCACUCAACUUUCUGUUACAAGUUUUGGUAGGCAGCUUUUGGAUGAAGCUAAGGCAUCUACAAGUAAGGAAUUCCUGAUCCGUGUGGCUCACUUUUUUCAUUUUUCGUAUGUCAAUGACUAUAUGGAUUCAGCACAGAUGCUCACUUUGUGCAAAGAAUUGCCUCUAGUUAAUAGCUCGGGAUCCAUAAUAUUAGCAAGUAGUUGCAAAGCCAAACUUGUGCCUGCAUCUAUGGGCGAGUGGCACAAGCUGAUAGGAGACAAUCCAUGGGCUGCACAAGGGAUUGUUGCACUGUCAUCUGCUUACAUGAAAGCAAAUGCCAAUGCCAGUGGACUAAGAGGGGAAAGGGAAGAUGAACUUGACUUGUUUGUGAGAAAUAAGCUUGGAGCAGUGGACAUUCCCACGCUAAAACCCCUAAUGCUCCAUUGCCUGCACUUUUCUCUCCCAUUACAGAAGAUCAAGUUGUUCUGCUUUUAGAGUGGAUUCGCUAUUUGACUGAGGUCUGCCGUGAGUACCUGCCCAUCAGAUUCCAGACUAGUAUCAUUGAAGGAAAAUGGUUAAGAACCUACCGAGGGUAUGAGUCUCCAAAUAAAUCUUUUUUGUUCAAUAAUGAAUGGUCUUCGGCUGGUGUAGAGUUGAACGACCUUCCUUUUAUAGAUUGUAGUUUCUAUAGGAGGAACAUGAAUGAAUUCGAGAGUGUCCUCCAACGGAUUGGGGUGGUUGUUGAGUUUGGAAAUGGAUGUGAAGAAGUUGCCAGGACAGUCCAAACACACAGAGAUUUCAGAGUCAUAACAAGGCUUUACAAAUAUCUUCACCGUUUAAAGUGGCGGCCUAGUUACUCCAGCCCUCUCAAAAUUUGGAUUCCGCACAGUGGUGGGCUUGCAGGUGAGUGGAUGGAUUCAAAAAUGUGUGUAGUCCAUGAUGAUAAUGGCCUCUUCUCUGGCAGGCUACAAAUUCUGAAAAGGUAUUAUGAAGACACACUACUUCCCUUUUUUUCUAGCAAUCUUGGUGUGUCUCUACAUCCCAGGAAUGAGGACUACUGCAAUUUGUGGCUGGACUGGAUAAGAAGUAAUCAUGUAGUAACUGAGUGCGAAUGCUGUUCAGUUUGGAGGAAUAUUGUAAAGCACUGGACUCAAUCCCCUUCAGCUAUAAAAGGAAAGUUGGGAAAGCAAGGUCUAAAGUUUCCAGCACACACAAGCGGUGGAGAUAUCCAAUUAUGUUCGCCUAAUGAAACCUUUAUUCCGGAUGACCUUUUAUUGAAAGAGUUAUUCAGGAAAGUUUCAACAGAGAUCAAAUUUGCAUGGCAUCCUAACCCUUCAGAUCCCGAAAUACCAUUGGAUUUGUUGUUCUCAAUAUACGAGUCUCUUGGAGCUCGAAAAAUAUCACAAGCAGUAGAAAAAAAGGAGGUGUCUGUUUCAAGUGACAUCAGUUUGUGCAAGCUUCAAGCAGGAGAGGGUUUGUUCGGAAAAGGUCUGUACAUAAUUAUCCUUGGAUAUCUGGCAGAUCCAUCCUUCAAAUUGUCAGCAGAUGAAAGGCAUCAAAUUGUGAGAGCCCUUUUGGAAUCUUCAGCUUAUGAAGCCGCUCAAUCCUUAGGAGUUAUGUACACUUUGACAAUAACAACUGAAGAUGAUAAGACAGAGCACAUUAAAGUGACUGCACACUCUCCUGUGCGUUGGGAAAGAGAUAGCAAGAGGUUCUUGGUACAGAAAUCUGAUCCACAAUCACACGACCAAAAGGCAAAGGUGUCCAUUGCAACUGAAUUUGCUGAGGUAGUUUCAAAAGGUCUGUUAUCAGAACAUCCAGAACUUGUUGCAGGCUUAUGUGAGAUGGUGAGGUUUGGGUGCAUCUUAGGAUUUGACACUGAUGUAGUCAAUUAUAUGCUCCAGUAUAAAAAUCUCCAAAUUUUUAAAGAAGACGAGAGUUUCCUGUCAGAAUUUUUUCCCAUUGCAGACUAUCCUGGGCCAUAUCAGGGUUCUGGGCCAGCUAAGUCAGCAUGGCACUUCUCACCUGAUUUUGUACAAGGAUGGGAUAGUAGAUUGCAAAUGUUCAAGCAAGGAAUUGACAAUAUGGAAGAAUGUACGGUUACACCCAUUCCUUUGAAGACGAAGCUGGUGAGAAUGUUAUUCCCUUAAGAUAAAGAGCAGCCAGAAAGCAGUUCAGACCUGAAUCUCAUGAAGGUGACAGGGGAUGCCUGCCUUAAAAUGCUCACUGUUUCAGAAGUUGUGGGCGCCAACGCCAAUGAAAGCUGUCAAAUGAUGCCAUUUAAACUGGAAAAUUUACUGGGUGAUGAAGUUUUAGAAUUAGGGAAGUGCUUUGGCCCUCCCUCUUCUUCUGGUGAUGAAUGUGAUAUUGAGAUGGUGAGGGCCGUUGCAGGAGCAGCCACUUUGAAGUUCUUCGCACCCAAACUCUAAAUUUGCUGCCAACGUCUCUCCAUAUAAAACAUAACAAUAAAAGCUGUGUAAGCUAUUUUGCUUUAAAAAAUAUGUUGUGCAGAGGCAUAUAAACCUUCUCUUCAUAAUUUUACAGACUUGAAAAGUGUAUUUGCUUCAGAUUGAUACAAUACAGAUACUAGUGCCGUAUUUGCUAAA